AUGAUCUCUAUUUUAUUGCCUAUUAUUAUACUAUUUACUUGUUCAUUUGAUUUAUUAUAUGAUUUGAUAAAACAAUUAUUCCAAUCAUCGGCUAGAUUACCAUCGGAUUACAAUGUUGAAGUGGUGAAAGGUUUAAAUGUUUUAACAAUUGAAAAUUUAAAUUUACUAGGGUUUAACUUCAAAUCAGAUAAAGAUAUACUAAAGUAUUUUAAUAGACUUAAUAAUUUGGAUAUAUAUUUAUAUCUAGAUGAUAUUAAACUGGUGAAUCAUUUUAUUCAAUCUGCUGGUGUUUUAAAAUUGUAUAAAAAUUUAUCAAUAAAUUGGUUUUUCAUACUAUGUGAAUUAUUAAUUACCAUGGCCAUAUUUGGUAUACUAUUUCAUAUUUAUAAAAGAGUUAAAUUAAAAUUUUUAAUAGGUUGGAUAUUUGCAACUGUUUUCACUGCAAUUGCUUCUGUAAAUAUUUUAGGUUUUCAUAAAUUUGAACCAUCAACAAAAUUUAUAAAAUUAAGUUAUUAUUUACAAUUAAUUAUAUUAAAUUCAAGAAAUUUCUUAGAUAAAGAUAAACGAACUGCCAUUGAAAAUGGUUUAGUUAUAAUUGGAACUAAUCUUUUUGGUUAUCUUCUUUCAUUUUUUUGUAAAGAAGAAAGAUCUUUCAUUGGUAACAAAUUGAUUUUAUUUACAAUUAGUGGUUUAAUUGCUAUUAUUAUUGAUUUUAUAAUGUCAAAAACAUUUUUAAAAGAAUUGAUUAUUUUAAAUAAUGUAAUGAUUAAGAAGAUCAAAUUUCAUCCAAUAAUUUACUCAAUUCUUAUGAUACAAAUUAUAAUAACCAUAAUGCAUUGGAUCAUAAUAGCUCCAAUUGGAAAUGUAAAAGUAAAAAAUACAAACACAUUGAUUUAUUAUGUGGAAUAUGUAUUGAUUGUUAUAUUUAUUACUGCCGUUUGCAAUUUUUUCAUUGAAAAGAAGGAAAUUGUUGAAGAUAAAAUUAAUGAAAUUGAAUUACAAGGUUCUCUAGAUAUUAUUAGACUAGAGACUAGUAAAUCUCCAUUAAUAAUAUCAGUAGAUCUCGAUAAUAAUAUCAUGGUACAUAAUCCAUUUGGAGGAAAACUGAUUUUAAAAUGUGACUUUUGGCCAAUUAAUCAUAUUAAAUUAAGUGACGAUGGUAAAUAUAUUGUUUUAAUAAAUUAUAAACUUGGUUUAGUACAAUGUUAUGAAGAUUUAAAAUUAAUUUGGCGUCAUAAAAACCAAUAUAUUAAUAAAGAAACAAAGAUUUUAAACUCAUUUUUUAGAAGAAAGACUAUACCCGGUUUUUUAGCUAGAAGAGUCCUUAAGUCGGACUCUAGUUCAUCAUUGGUGGAUUCAAAUUUCCCACCAGUUAAAGAAGAUAAAUUUGAAUUCAUAUUUGUUACAAAUACUCAAACAAUUAUAUAUAAUCGUGAUGGUUCUUUUAAAAAUUAUCCAAGUCCAUCACCAGUUUUAGCAUCAGCAUUAGUUUUAACUCCAAGAGUUGCUGAUAGAAUUGUUAAUUUUACUGAAGAUAAAUUAAUUGUUGGAACAAUUAUAAAUAAUAAUCUUAAAUUUAAAGAACUUUUAUUUAAAGAAACUUAUAAUCAAUUAGGUCAACCAUUAACUAGAAGUACGGGUAAAGGUAAAGGUUAUAAUGAAAUAUCAAUUAUUCCAUUAUAUUUUGGUAUGAUUGUUAUUGUUAAAGAUUUUAUUGCUGAAUUAGUUGAUGUAUCAACUGGUAUAGUCAUUAAAAAAAUUGGAGUUGGAAAUUUUAAACCUGGAUCUUUUAGAGUUACUCAUAGUGAAUUUACUCAUUGUAAAUUUUGUGGUUCUGCAUCAAUUAAUAGUUUAUCAAUAAUUUAUGAAGAUUCAGGAACUUUAAUUGUACAUAAUUUUAAAUUGGAUUCAAAAUCAAAAUCAAAUAUUUGUCUAAGAGUUGAAAGAGACCCAAGAGAAAUUCGAUGUCAAGGUUUUAAUAAUGUUCAAGAACAACAUUGGGUAUAUCCAGAUAUAAUUAAAUGGGAAAUAACUUCUGUAAAUACUAUAAUGGGAAUUUCUCAAACAAAAUUUGAAAUUAUACAAUCAAAUGAUACAUAUAAAUCAAAUUUGAAAAGUAUUAAAAAAAAGACAAAAAAGUAUGAAUCAGAUUUACAAUUUUUUGUAAUUACAUUAAGUGAUGGUAUUAAAAAAGAUUAUAAAAAAGUAGAAUCAGGAACAAAUGUAAUUGCAAAAUAUGGUUUUAAAUCAGUAGUUUGUAAUUUUGGUUCAAAAAUUGAAAUUUUUUAUUUAGGUAAUGAUAAAUUAAUUGAAGAAGGUGAAGAUUUAUAUUUUAAUAAUGAUUUAUGGACUAAUGAAUUACUAUUUAUUAAUAAAAGAAGAAGAAGAAGGUGA